CUUGUCAUUUUUUCCACACACCUGUUUUUAACUACAUUAUAUGUUAUGUUAACUUUGUCGUCUUUGGUAAUCUCUUUAGUAUUGUACAACCUCGAUCCAAAGUGGUGAUGUCACGUGACAUUAGUCUUGUUCACAGAAGACUCUUUUAGUGAUAAACGUCUGGAACUAACGAGACUAACUCUGACAUACACAAACAAGAUGGCGACUGAGAAACUUUUCCUAGCCGAGUCGUCAAAUUCCAGUGACUAUAUGAACAGUUCCUGCUUGAUGUUCCCCAGUAAUCCUGAGCAUUGUGAUGUCAUCAACAUAGUACGGAACAUCUCUGCAGCAUUGUCACUGAUCGCAUGUGUGUUAAUGCUGGGAAUCAUUUGGCUCUUCAAGAAGUAUGUCGUCUUUGCUCAGAGGCUGAUUACCUACCUUACAGUGGCUGCCUUCUUGGAGAGUUUAGCCUACCUUGCCAGUGGUAACGUGGUAGACGGUGGAUGGUGUAAUUUCCAGGCAGGAUGGCUCACAUUCUCAGGAUGGAGCGUGUUAUUGUGGACCCUGUGUUUGACCUUUAACCUGUACAUGAAUGUCAUCAAAGAGAUCGAUACACGCAAAUAUGAAUGGGUUUAUUUACUGUUGUGCUGGCUGAUAUCGUUUGUUAUAUCGUGUAUUCCAUAUAUCUGGGACAAGUAUGGGCCUGCUGGUGCCUUUUGCUGGAUUGUAGAAGACUGGGGCUGGAGGUUUGGAAUAUGGUAUCUACCGCUGGUGAUGUUUAUUAUUCUACUCAUUGUCAGCUACGGGCGUAUAGUGUACGUGCUGCGAAAGAAGGCUUCUUCUUGGGAAGGAACGUACAAUCCUGACACAGAGAGAAGUCAUAAAAUGUUGAAAGAAGACAUUAAACCACUGAAGUUUUAUCCAUUUGUAUAUUUAGCUGUGUCUGUGUUUCCUUUAAUAAACAGACUACAAAAUGCAAUAUCGCCAAAUAACAAUGUAUUCGGACUGGUACUCUUAGCCUCCAUAGCAGGACCACUACACGGCACGUUGAAUGCAGUUGUGUUCGGAAUGGACAAAACCACGAGAGACAAACUCACCCGCACACAGAUUCAGCUUGCGUGGCAGGGGAGGUGGGCACCAAAAUCGAUUGUACAUGAAUAUCCACACCAGUCAUUUGGCACGAUCAGCGAUUCCAAUCCAGACUUCACGGAGAUAGACAUCAAUCAGGAAACAUCCACAAUGAAAAAUGCUGUCGCAUAGACAGUCACCAUGACAUAGACAGUCGGCAGCAGGUACAGACAUUCAGCAUAUGAUAUAGACAUUCAGCAGAUCAUACAGACAUUCAGCAGUAACUCGUAGACAUUCAGCAGAUAAUAUAGACAUUCAGCAGAUCAUAUAGACAUUCAGCAGAUGAUACAGACAUUUAGCAGAUACUAUAGACAUUCAGCAGAUGAUAGACAUUCAGCAGAUACUAUAGACAUUCAGCAGAUGAUAGACAUUCAGCAGAUGAUACAGACAUUCAGCAGAUUAUACAGACAUUCAGCAGCAGAUGACAGACAUUUAGCAGAUGAGAGACAUUCAGCAGAUGAUAUAGACAUUCAGCAGAUCAUACAGACAUUCAGCAGUAACUCGUAGACAUUCAGCAGAUAAUAUAGACAUUCAGCAGAUCAUAUAGACAUUCAGCAGAUGAUACAGACAUUUAGCAGAUACUAUAGACAUUCAGCAGAUGAUAGACAUUCAGCAGAUACUAUAGACAUUCAGCAGAUGAUAGACAUUCAGCAGAUGAUACAGACAUUCAGCAGAUUAUACAGACAUUCAGCAGCAGAUGACAGACAUUUAGCAGAUGAGAGACAUUCAGCAGAUGAUAUAGACAUUCAGCAGAUCAUACAGACAUUCAGCAGUAACUCGUAGACAUUCAGCAGAUAAUAUAGACAUUCAGCAGAUCAUAUAGACAUUCAGCAGAUGAUACAGACAUUUAGCAGAUACUAUAGACAUUCAGCAGAUGAUAGACAUUCAGCAGAUACUAUAGACAUUCAGCAGAUGAUAGACAUUCAGCAGAUGAUACAGACAUUCAGCAGAUUAUACAGACAUUCAGCAGCAGAUGACAGACAUUUAGCAGAUGAGAGACAUUCAGCAGAUGAUAUAGACAUUCAGCAGAUCAUACAGACAUUCAGCAGAUAACUCGUAGACAUUCAGCAGAUAAUAUAGACAUUCAGCAGAUCAUACAGACAUUCAGCAGAUCAUAUAGACAUUCAGCAGAUACUAUAGACAUUCAGCAGAUACUAUAGACAUUCAGCAGAUCAUAUAGACAUUCAGCAGAUGAUACAGACAUUCAGCAGAUGAUACAGACAUUCAGCAGAUACUAUAGACAUUCAGCAGAUACUAUAGACAUUCAGCAGAUGAUAGACAUUCAGCAGAUGAUACAGACAUUCAGCAGAUUAUACAGACAUUCAGCAGCAGAUGACAGACAUUUAGCAGAUGAGAGACAUUCAGCAGAUGAUAUAGACAUUCAGCAGAUCAUACAGACAUUCAGCAGUAACUCGUAGACAUUCAGCAGAUAAUAUAGACAUUCAGCAGAUCAUAUAGACAUUCAGCAGAUGAUACAGACAUUCAGCAGAUACUAUAGACAUUCAGCAGAUGAUAGACAUUCAGCAGAUACUAUAGACAUUCAGCAGAUGAUACAGACAUUCAGCAGCAGAUGACAGACAUUCAGCAGAUGAGAGACAUUCAGCAGAUGAUAUAGACAUUCAGCAGAUCAUACAGACAUUCAGCAGAUCAUACAGACAUUCAGCAGAUCAUAUAGACAUUCAGCAGAUGAUACAGACAUUCAGCAGAUACUAUAGACAUUCAGCAGCAGAUGACAGACAUUCAGCAGAUGAUACAGACAUUCAGCAGCAGAUGAUAUAGACAUUCAGCAGCAGAUGACAGACAUUCAGCAGAUGAUACAGACAUUCAGCAGCAGAUGAUACAGACAUUCAGCAGAUGAUACAGACAUUCAGCAGCAGAUGACAGACAUUCAGCAGAUGAUACAGACAUUCAGCAGCAGAUGAUAUAGACAUUCAGCAGAUGAUACAUACAUUCAGCAGCAGACGACAGACAUUCAGCAGCAGACGACAGACAUUCAGCAGAUGAUAUAGACAUUCAGCAGCAGAUGAUACAGACAUUCAGCAGCAGAUGAUACAGACAUUCAGCAGCAGAUGAUAGACAUUCAGCAGAUGAUACAGACAUUCAGCAGCAGAUGAUAUAGAUAUUCAGCAGAUGAUAUAGACAUUCAGCAGAUGAUACAGACAUUCAGCAGAUACUAUAGACAUUCAGCAGAUGAUACAGACAUUCAGCAGCAGAUGACACAGACAUUCAGUAGCAGAUGACAGACAUUCAGCAGAUGAUGACAGACAUUCAGCAGAUGAUACAGACAUUCAGCAGCAGAUGACAGACAUUCAGCAGAUGAUACAGACAUUCAGCAGCAGAUGACAGACAUUCAGCAGAUGAUAUAGACAUUCAGCAGAUAAUACAUUCAGCAGCAGAUGACAAACAUUCAGCAGAUGAUACAGACAUUCAGCAGAUGAUAUAGACAUUCAGCAGCAGAUGGCAAACAUUCAGCAGAUGAUACAGACAUUCAGCAGAUGAUAUAGACAUUCAGCAGCAGAUGACACAUAUAUACAUUCAGCAGAUUAUACAGACAUUCAGCAGCUGACAUUAAUUUUGAUUAGAAUAGUUUAUAAUUUUGAUAGUCAUUGCACAGUCGAAUGUGGUACUAACAAAUUUACUGCACACAUUUCACUGCUCCAAUUCAUUAUGCCUGUAACAAGGAAUGCAAAAAGUAUUUAAAUAUUUUGAAAUCAUUUCUGAUGGAGGAGGAAACAGACUUCUCUCAGCCACUGAUCAAUUCCAAAAUUGGGGGGUGGGGUUGGUAACCUCCUCCCCCAUUGAAAUAAUGUUAAACCUGUUGAUGGGACCACCUAUCACUACUUCCUUAAACCUCACAUAGUUAUCUCCUCUUGCAGUUUUAAAAUCAUGGAAAGGCUGAUUAGUAAUUGCCCAUAUAUAUAUAUAUGUACAAGAACAUUCUACAAAUGAAAUAUCUUCUGGAGAGAUCCUGUCUUGUGGGAUGCUGUAUAUAUUUCUCGUUCCAGUCAGUGCACCACGACUGGUAUAUCAAAGGCUGUGGUAUGUGCUGUCGUGUCAGUGGGAUGCUGUAUAUAAAAGAUCCCUUGCUAGUAAUGGAAAAAUGUAGCGGGUUUCCUCUCUAAGACUAUGUCAGAAUUUCCAGAUGUUUCAUAUUCAAUAACCAAGGAUUAACAAAUCAAUCUGCUCUAGUCGUAUCAUUGAACAAAAUAAACUUUAAAGGGACAGACCCUAGUUUCAGACAGACCCUAGUUUCAGACAGACCCUACUUUCAGACAGACCCUACU